AUGAGUCCCUACGGGAUUCUCGACAACGCUCACCACCAGGAGCCCUGGGCAGCCGCGCGGCGGACGAGCAAGAGACCGCAGUCGGGCCCUCCUGGCCCUCCCACGAGACAGGGCAGGCGGUCUCUGUCGGAGCUGGACCAGGAUGCCGUCCGCCGGGGCAUUGCCGCUUACAUGGCUGCCAACGCGAGGCCCAGCAGCGAAUACACCACCAACGGCACCAGCACCAGCAGCCGCACCGCCGCCAAUCAGAGGCUCCAACAGCGCCCUCAGUCGGACUGGGUGGCGGACCAGCCUGCUAUUUAUAGCGACUCGCCUCUGCCGGCAGUGGACUACAGCCAGUGA